AUGAUUAGAGAAAAUCUUCUCUUCAUUCUAUUCUUUCCGCUCAUCUCUGGUCUGCCGUCGAAUUCGUAUUAUUUAAUUGAACUUGAUCAGCAUUUAUCAUCAAAUGAAACCUAUUGCUCGAAUAUCUUCACUAAUCAGCAAACGUAUCGUCUGCCGACAGAAUGUCAUAAACAUUUACUCUGCGAUCCGACGUAUUGCGAUGAUCAGGCAUUUCGUUGUAUGAAAAUUCGUGAAACUUUAUGCUGCUUAAAUCAACACCUACAAUCUCAUUGUCAAAAAGAUAAUUCCAAUCGACUGAAAGAUCUCUUUCGAUCAGUGUAUUUUCAAAUGUCAAUCGAACAUGGAUAUUGUGAAAUCAAUUUAGAACGAAUUGAAAAGUUCGAUCAAGCAUACUGUAUUGCAGAUCUGAUUGAAGAACCGAAAUUAAGUGAAACUACGAAAACAAUUAUAGUGCGAUGGGAGACUUCAACACGAUCAAUGUAUAAGCAUUUUCAUCGACGUACAUCGACAAUCCGAUCGAAUCAAGUUCGACAUCGAAUCGCUGCUCGACGAAAUUAUUCCUCAUUGGCGAAUUUAGAUUAUCUACGUCAAGUGACAAUCAUUGAAGAAAAGAUUUCAUCGAAAUGUUCAAGAAACGUUCUUAAUUGGUUUUCUCUUAGUAUUUUAUUCUCAAUAGUUUUAACCUGA